UCUCUCCCAUUGGGGGGGCAAAAAAAAAAAAAAAAAUGACUGACAUUGAAGGAGAACCAGGAAGCUCCAUGCAUGGAGUCACAGGCAGAGAACAAACCUUCGCUCUCUCAGUUGCUUCCCCGAUGGUCCCGACAGACACGACCGUAAAGUUUGCUUUACCGGUCGAUUCCGAGCACAAAGCUAAGGUCUUCAAGCUUUUCUCCUUUGCUAAUCCCCACAUGAGGACCUUCCACCUCUCUUGGAUUUCCUUCUUCACCUGUUUCAUCUCCACCUUCGCGGCGGCGCCGCUUGUCCCCAUAAUCCGGGACAACCUCAACCUCACCAAAGGCGACAUCGGAAACGCUGGCGUAGCUUCGGUUUCCGGAAGCAUUUUCUCUAGGCUUGUGAUGGGUGCAGUUUGCGACCUGCUGGGUCCCAGAUAUGGAUGUGCUUUCCUAAUCAUGCUUUCUGCUCCGACGGUGUUUUGCAUGUCGUUCGUCUCUAACGCCGGCGGAUACAUCGCCGUCCGGUUCAUGAUUGGAUUCUCGCUUGCUACUUUCGUUUCUUGCCAAUAUUGGAUGAGCACCAUGUUCAAUAGCAAGAUUGUUGGUUUGGCAAAUGGAACUGCGGCUGGCUGGGGGAACAUGGGAGGAGGAGCUACUCAGCUUCUGAUGCCUGUGGUCUAUGAAAUCAUCAAACGUGCUGGUGCUACUCCUUUCACUGCUUGGAGGAUUGCCUUCUUCAUCCCUGGCUGGUUUCAUGUGAUUAUGGGAAUUCUUGUUCUUACUCUUGGCCAAGACUUGCCUGAUGGCAACCUUGGUGCACUACAAAAGAAGGGUGAUGUUGCCAAAGACAAGUUUUCCAAAGUGUUUUGGUAUGCAGUCACAAACUACAGGACAUGGAUCUUUGUCCUUCUCUAUGGAUAUUCCAUGGGUGUCGAAUUGUCCACCGAUAAUGUCAUUGCGGAGUAUUUCUAUGAUAGGUUUGAUCUUAAGCUUCACACUGCCGGCAUAAUUGCGGCUUCAUUCGGUAUGGCUAACAUCGCUGCUCGUCCUUUCGGCGGCUACGCUUCCGAUAGAGCGGGAAAAUACUUUGGCAUGAGAGGAAGACUCUGGACACUCUGGAUCCUCCAAACCCUAGGAGGAGUUUUCUGCAUCUGGCUCGGCCGUGCCAAUACGCUUCCCAUUGCCGUCUUAGCCAUGAUUCUUUUCUCCAUCGGAGCUCAAGCUGCCUGCGGAGCCACGUUCGGUAUCAUCCCCUUCAUCUCCCGGAGAUCGUUGGGGAUCAUAUCGGGCCUCACUGGCGCCGGAGGGAACUUCGGGUCGGGUUUGACUCAGUUGGUAUUCUUCUCGAGCUCGAAAUUCUCGACGGCGACGGGGUUGUCUUGGAUGGGGGUGAUGAUUGUUUGUUGCACUCUUCCUGUUUCUUUGGUUCAUUUCCCACAGUGGGGGAGUAUGUUCCUUCCGCCGUCGAAAGACGUCGAAAAAUCUACGGAAGAAUUCUAUUAUGGAUCUGAAUGGACCGAGGAAGAGAGACAAAAGGGUCUUCACCAGCAGAGUCUUAAGUUUGCUGAGAAUAGUAAGUCUGAGCGUGGACGACGUGUUGCUUCAGCUCCAACACCUCCAAAUACCACACCUUCACAUGUUUGAUUUCAUUAGUCCUUUUUCAAUGGAAGCUCAAAUAUAUAACAAGCUGCAAAGUAGAAACCAAUAACAUUGAAAGGGGAUGCCAAUAUACCAACCCUCAUAUAUAUAUAUAUAUAUAUAUAAACAGUCCUGAUCAUAUCAAAGUAUUAAAAAGUCAGGAUGCGAUAUAUAUGCAGUAGUGUGUGCUGACAUGUCUGCUUCAAAUGUUC